AUGGUCGGAAUCAAGCGCAAGGAAGCACCCAAGGCUGUCGCCCCUGUGAGAUCUGGAUCGGAAAAGAAGCAGAAGCUGGCCUCGACGGGCUCGUCCAAGAAGAAGGCCGCCCCGAUCAAGGAACCCACUCCCGAAUCCGACGACUCGAGCGAGAGCGACGACCAAGAUGAGCUGGACGGAGACGACGACGCCAUGUCUGGCGUCCAACUAGAGGCCGGAGACAGCGAGUCGGACGACAAGAAGAUCAGAACUGGACAAUCAUCAGCAGAGGCACACGCCGCCCAGCGCGCUCUAGCGAAGGAGCGCAAGGCCGCCAAACCCAACGCAGACAUCAUCGGCCGCAGCAAGAAGAUCUGGGAGAGACUGCGCAGGAAGUCCCAUGUGCCUACCGAGGAGCGCAAGGCUCUUGUCGGCGAGCUGUUCGACAUCAUCACCGGUAGAGUCCGCGACUUUGUCUUCAAGCACGACAGUGUGCGUGUCAUUCAGUGCGCCCUCAAGUACGCCAACAUGCAGCAAAGGAAGCAAAUCGUCACAGAGCUGCGUACCGACAUGCGCGAGCUGGCCGAGAGCAAGUACGGCAAGUUCUUGGUCGCCAAGAUGGUCGUUGAAGGAGAUGCCGAGAUCCGCAACAUGGUCGUGCCUCAGUUCUACGGUCACGUCCGUCGCUUGAUCAACCACCCCGAAGCGGCCUGGAUCGUCGACGACAUCUACCGCCAGGUCGCUACUUCUUCACAAAAGGCCCUCAUGCUCCGCGAAUGGUACGGCGCCGAAUACGCCAUCUUCGGCAAGACCAAGGCCGCCCAAGGUCAGACCGACGAGAAGGUCACGGCCGACUUGAAGGCCAUUCUGGAAGAAAGCCCCGAGAAGAAGAAGCCCAUGAUGCAAUACCUCCAACAGCUCAUCAACCAGCUUGUCCAGAAGAAGAUGACUGGAUUUACUAUGCUGCAUGACGCCAUGCUUCAAUACUUCCUCAACACCACUCCUGGCACUCCCGAGGCCGCUGAGUUCCUUGAGCUUCUCAAGUCGGAUCUGGACGAGGAGAACGGUGGUGAUCUUCUCAAAAACUUGGCUUUCACCAAGAACGGUAGCCGUGUCGUGUGUCUGGCUCUUGGUUACGGAACCGCGAAGGACCGCAAGCUCAUUCUUCGUGUGUACAAGGAUGCCGUUGAGAUGAUGGCUCUCGAUCCCAACGCCCACACUGUCCUGCUUGCCGCCAUGGACACCGUCGAUGACACAAAAAUGACCGCCAAGGCUCUUUUCCCGGAGUUGCUGGGAGAGAACAUCAAAGAUGAGGCAGAACGCGAGAACCGUCUUGUUGACCUCAUCUCGCAUCUGACCGCCCGUAUCCCGCUACUUUACCCUCUUGCUGGACAAGCCAAGUGGCUGGUUUCUGACGUUCAGAAGAACAUCAUCGCCGAAGUACACUCCGUACGUGAGGUCACCUCCAAGAAGAACCCCGAGAUCCGUCGCGCAGAACUCAUCGCAUACAUGUCGCCCUACUUACUCCCAAUCAUUCAAACUCGCGCCGCCGACCUUGCAAGUGUUGGCUUCGGCUGUCAAUACAUCAGUGAGGUUCUUCUGGAGGCUCAAGGUGACAAGAAGGCGGCUUGCGAGGCGGUCGUCGCUUUGACCGAAGGUGAUGUGACAUCGGAGGGCCACAUUGCACAGAACGCAGCCGGUGGCAAGAUGCUGAGAGCAUUGGUCAGCGGUGGCAAGUUUGAUCCCGAAACAAAGAGCGUACAAUUGGUUGAGCCUCGCCUCGGCUUCGGCGAUAUGCUUUUCAAGACACUCAAGGGCAAGUUCGUCCAAUGGGCAGCAAGCCCUUCAAGCUUUGUCGUUGUGCAGCUGCUCGAGAGCGAAGACGUCAGCGAUGCCAACAAGAAGGUCGUUCGCGACGAGCUAUCAAAGGGCAAGAAGACUUUGGAAAAGGCGGCCAAGGGCGAGGACGCCCCUUCGAAAAAGGCGCUUGUCGAGUCAGACGACCAACAAAACAAAAAGAAGAAGAAGACGACCGCAGGGCCGAGGGGCAACGCAGGUGCGAAGAUUCUGCUCGAGAAGCUGAGCAAAUAA